CCUGCAGCAGCAAGCCGCUCAAACGAUGCGGAGGAGCAGCGCCCUCUGCUGUUGUGAAAAAUAGGCAUUGAAACUACAGGUCCACAAUUAGUCUAUGAUGUUUUUCCACUAACGUCAAAUCAAGAUCCAUUCUGUCGACAGGCACGUUUUCUACAGACCGUGGCUCUCCUCAGGGUGCUCAGAGAGAGAUGGAGUAACGAUCCCUCAGGCAAGCCGAUCCUGUGUGUUUUCCAUCGUGCGCUCCCUCGUGGCUCUUGGAGCUCGUCGGCCUAUUCACUGGGCUCCAUAAUGAGCUGCUAAUUAUCCCAGGACCUCAUCGAGUCUCUCCGGGCCCGCAGCUAAGCCUCCUCCUCACACAGGUUGGCAUGGUGACCAGAAGGGGAUGGGACCUGAGUGGAGGAGGCCACCAAAAGGACCGCCGCCACCUCCCUCCUGCCCUCUUCGACUGAGCCUUCUUCAUCUAGGAGCUACAGGGGGGCUAUGGAUGGACUGCGCUUACCUCCACUCAUCGAGGAGGCUUUGGACUCUACAGAUGACCCGUGCGAUCUGAAAGCCGAGUGCAGCCCAACCAUGGACAACGAGAUCACAGCGAAGGAGAGAGGCAUCCUGGAGGAGAACAACGAGAAGGAGGAGAUGGACCAGGCUCGGGAGGAGGAGGAGGAGGGGGAGGAGGAGAAGAAGCUGAAGGAGGAGGAAGGCGAGGGGGAGGAGAAGAGGAGGAAGGAGCGGGAGCCGCUGACCGAGGAACAGGAGCUGGAGGAGCUGAAGGCCCAGGUGCUGCAGCUGCUGCUGGAGCUGGACGACGCCAGAGAGACCUCCAACAAACACCAGGAGAGCUUUCACGAGCUGCAAGGUCUGUUGGAGGAUGAGCGUCUGGCCAGCGCCCAUCAGGCUGAAGCCUUCACACGUCAGAUUCAGAAUCUACAAGCACAGCUGCGGUCCGUGCAGGAGGAGAUGGACAGCCUGGAGGAGGAGAAGGAGAGCGAGCUGGCCGAGGCCCAGGAGGAGCUGCGCGUGGCCCAGGAGGAGGUGAUCCUGCUCCAACAGGCGGCGGAGGAGGCGGCGGCAGAGAGGGAGAACGACAUCGCCUCGCUGCAGGAGGAGCUGUGUCGCCGGCGGGCCGAGCUGCAGCGCCUCAGCGACGAGACCCAGGAGUACGAGCUGGAGAUCACCACGCUGAGGGCCGAGAUCAGCAUGAAGAGCCAGCGCAGGGAGGCCGAGAGGAGAGAGGGUGAUGUGGACCUUCUGAAGGAGGAGUGUCGUAUGCUGAAGGAGGAGUGUCAGACCCUGAAGGAGGACAACAGACGUCUCUCCGAGAGGCUGCAGCUGCUGCAGAGACAGAGGACAUGCUCCAGCGUCUACCUGUCACUGAAGGAGGAGGACGCAGAGGGCACAGAGGGGAAGGACAUGGAGAGCGGCCCCGAUGAGGUCAUGACAGAGAGCUACAUGACCAUGGCUCAGUCCGAGAACUGUCGCCUGGUGGACGCCUCCAUCCAGAAGAAUAUUUCAUUCGACGGGAAGCCCGCGACACCGACCAGCUGGAACGGAGGCAUCGGGGAGAUCUUCUCCCUGAGGGACCAGCUCAAACAGGCAGAGGAGAAGGCCUCACAGGUUCAGAGAGAGUGUGACGGUCUGAAGAUGGAGCUGCAGGAGCUGCAGGUACUGUAUGACAGCAGUCAGAGGGAGAGAGCAGAGCUGGAGGAGGAGCUGCAGCGCUGCAAGGCAGAGCUGGAGAAGCUGUCAGGGGGGGCUCAGAGAUUCAUCCAUCCGUCUGAGCACCCUGUUCUCUCCAUCCCCUUCAUAGGAAUGAUUGUAAUAGUGGCUGUGGUCUGGUGCUGGUUGUCGGAGCUGGCGUCCCAGAGGGCAAGAGGAGUGAGGUAGGUUGGAACUCCAUUUUGACUAUCACUGCAGCCACAGCAGUGCUGCUAAUGAUGACUAGCUUGUUGAGAGCUCUCGUCCGAUGUUGACUGGAUGGGCAACAGCCGCACAGGGACAGACGUCGGCUUCAGACCAGCCCCCUCGUUCUCUCCUGCCAUGUCUAUAGACUGAACCGGAGUUCUCUAAAUAUGAUGCAGCUGACCACCGCGUAGUAGAAAAAUGUAAAAAUGGAAGAGUGUGGUCUCUAUGAGAAGGUACUACAUCGACACACGCACUGAGAAUAAUGUGCUCGGCCUCAUUUGAGGCGGGCUCUGGCGAUGAGCUGACCUGCAGAGAGCCCACGCGAGGACACGAUCUCACUCCACUAAAUGUACGCUAGUGCUGUGUCAUCCCUCCUCUGUGUCUUGUGUUCAUUUUCUCUCCUUUAGCUACCAAUGUGAUAAAAAUGAAGCUUUGAAUUAUAAAUGGUUUUCUCAGUUUAUUUAACCAUUAUUUAUUUAUUUGUUUAUUUCAAUAUUGUUCAUAAUUGUGUCUGAUAGUAACGAAGCAACCAUGGAGUUUGGACAUUUAACACGCUGAAAUCCGUGAAAGUACACGUGCCCCUGAAGUAACAGUUUGCAUUGUUCUUUUUCCGCAAUGAGGUCACUAUAGACUAUAUUAAAGGUGCAAUAUGUAAAAUUUUAGUUGAUAACAUGCAAAAAUUCAAACUGAAAUACCCGUUUUGAUGUUCUGUUUAUGUAUUGUGUUGUAGAGAUAUCUACUAAAGUUAGCAUGCUAUCCAGCUAGCCCUAGCCCAUCCUAGUCCAAUGCUCCUUUGUUACUACCUUACUACCCCCAACUGGGACCGAUAGCUGCAUGACUAACUCAGCUAACUAGCUAACAGCAACUAUAUAUAGCAGCAGUUAGCAGUUGCACUAGCAACAUGCUGCCCCCUAUUGGUUUUGAAUGUGACGGGUGGCCAAUUCCUACAUACUGCACCUUUAGGUGUUACUUCCUCAAAUACUAGAUGCAAUAAAUGCAACAUAUUGGAAAACUGAAUAGUCACAAAAUGUGCAUGAAUUACUAACUGCAUACUAAUGAUCCUGCCACUGUAAUUCUGCUUUGAACCAUCAAACUGACUGAUAAGCAAGCACCUGUCAAUGUGAGCUCAGUGUGUACGACGGUAACCAGCUCUUCUUCAAAGUGUUUUUCAUUUAUGUGCUGUGCUGCCUGACGGAGUGAGACACAGAGUCCUGUGUCUCCCAUCUUCCCCUUUAAUUAUCAGUUAAGCAAGAUGCCUGGAAGGCCGGCGCAGUGUUUCUGAUUCAUCUCUCCUGCUCACAGGUCACUUUGAAGAUCUGAAAUCUUAAACCCGCUGCUGCACUGUUUGCUUUAGUAUGUUACGUGCGAGAAAAGAUCCUCAGCAGGUUCGGGAAAAACACAUUCGCGGAUGAUUGAGUUGUAUUACUUCAACUCAGUUUUGAUUUUGACGAGGAGAUCUCCAGCAGGAUUUAAAUGGCUUGGUUUUCUCCAAGUGUUUUGGCAGCCAGAGUUCGCAGCUAGAUGAAACCACUGAUGCAUCUGAAGUGAAAGAUCAGGGUUAGUUAGAUGUGAGGGCAUUUUAGAAAUGAACAUGGUUCCAAAAUAUGUACAUAGAAAGAUGUCAGAAAAACGUAGUUUGUUUAAGCAUCAGUUACAAUAAAUAUAUGUAUAUGUGGAAGGACUCCAAUUAUUGUUUACAUCUGUGAAACGUUUUUUUGUGAGACUAUUUUAGAACUGAACAGCAUGCUAGAAAAACAUAUAGAAGCACAAAUAUCUAAUUUAUGUUGACUCUGUUUGACUUUGUAUUCCAUGUAAAUAGAUGUGACAUACAGUACUUUGGGAGAAAUAUCCCUUAAAUCCAUUUGUACUAGCUUUCUAGAAAGUUUAUUCUAUUUUGGAAGAGCAUCGUAUAUUUGAUAGCCAAAUUUAAAUGCCGUGUAAAUGUUUAUUUAUGGUGACGUUAUGUUGGGAAGCAUCACUGAUCACAUUCAGUACCUCUCUGUUCAAAGGUGGUGUAGUCAUUGCAUGCAUUUAGAUUGCAUUUGCCAGAAAGAGCAAUAUGACUCCUGGUUUGUUUUUUCCAGUCAGCUAAAUUUCAGCAACAAAUUGACAUCUUUUCUGAAACGUCUGUCAUUAAAAACAGAACCUUAUAAGCAAUGCCUGACCAAUGUUAUUUCUACAUACACUAAUGUAACGAUGUGCCACUGGACUGCAAAAACAUUGCCACCGUUCUGCUAAAGAAACUGUCAGGUUGUAAUAGAAAUCAGACUCCCAUUGGUUGCGAUGGUACACGAUGAAUGUCGUCAGAUUCUGAGCUUUAUUUUUCAUUACUUCUGAGCUUAUUUCAUUUAGUUCACCAUAGUUUCCACGAGGCUUCUAUAUAUUGCACAGUGUUGCUCAGCUUGUUGCUUUACAUAUUGAUAGCGUUGUUGUUUUCAAUAUAGUCGUGGCUAUUUUGUUACCUGGAGGUCUAUUUUGUACUGCAGAUGACUUGAGAAAAUAAAUAUAUCCGUCCCACAUGA